AUGGCCACGGCAUCCCUAGCUACCAUUGCGAAGAGCCGGUCUACUCCAACCGCACAGUCUGCCAAUACGUUCAGCACAACUACCGGUCUACCAGUCAUGGAGAGCGAUGACUCAGACGCCGAAGGGCAAGAGGAGGACAUCAACCGCCUUUAUGAGGCAAACAAAAAGAGCGUAACACGGCGGAAGGGUGACCCUAAAUCUGCAUGUGGUGGUUGCGGAGGCAACCACGAAAGAGCUGAGUGCAGAUUUAGGCAAGCCCUCUGCCAGCGGUGUGGCAGAAAGGGCCACAUCGCUCGGGUGUGCCGAGCCGCGCAGCCCAUGUCCUCCUCAGAGCUCCAGACUGAUCGGUUCUGUCACCCGCAGAAUCGAACGGAAGGUCCGAAGAAACCCAGGAUGGACUGCCAUGCCAUACUUCGGAACGCAAAUCAGGGCCUCGCCUGCCACCAGGUACAAAAAAAGAUCCAGCUGACUGUCAAUAUUGAAGGGAGGCCCUGUGAAAUGGAGCUGGACACCGGCUCCGCCACGUCCAUUGUAUCUUGGAGCACGAUUAAACGACUUUUGCCCCAGCUGUCAAAGCGCCAACUGCAAGACUGUAACCUGACAUUAUGAGACUAUCAGGGCAACCUGAUCCCAGUGAUUGGAACCCGCAAGGUCAGGGUGCAGUUCAAGGGGUUCAGUGGCAGACUGCCCCUUAUCAUAGUCGAGGGCCGGUUGCCCAGCCUUCUCGGCCUCGAUUGGUUCCAGUCCCUCGGCCUUCAAAUCAGCGGCAUCCACCACGUUGGCACCUCAGCCUUAGACUGCUUAGUCAAUGAGUUCCCUGCCGUAUUUGAUGGCACCCUUGGCAGAUACACCGGCACACCUGUGUCCUUCAACCUCGACCCCACAGUGCAACCGGUGCGGAUGAAGCCACGCCGAGUGCCCAUCGCACUCAAGCCGAAAGUAGACGCGGAACUAGAUAAACUCGUGGCUCAAGGGGUCCUGGAGCCAGUGGACCAUGCACGAUGGGAGACACCCAUCGUGUUGCCAAUCAAACCAGAUGGUAGUGUGAGAAUCUGCGCAGACUACCGCUGCUCCAUCAACCGCGCGUUGCCAUCCAACGCAUACCCGGUGCCAGUGGUGCAACACCUUCUCCAAACCUUGGGCGAGGGCUCCAUCUUCGCAAAGCUCGACCUCGCCCAGGCAUAUCAGCAAUUGGUCGUGGACGAUGAUGCUGCCAAAGCACAGACUAUCAUCACGCACCGGGGCGCGUUCCGGUGUCGUAGGCUACAAUUUGGCGUCAGCAUCGCCCCGGGACUAUUUCAAAGUUUGAUGGAGAGGCUGCUCCAAGGACUCCGAGGCGUCGUCCCUUAUUUUGACGACGUCCUCGUCUCUGCAGCCUCUCUGGAGGAACUCAUGGCCCGUUUGCAGGAGGUUCUCCACAAGUUCCAGCAAGUCGGCCUCAAAGUGAAACGAGACAAAUGCCAAAUAGCGGUGCCCCAGAUAGAAUUCCUAGGGUUCCUCGUCGAUGGCCGCGGCAUUCACCCGACGGCUGCCAAGACCAAGGCUAUUGUGGAAGCCCCAGCACCCACCAACAGAGCUGAAUUGCAGGCCUUUUUAGGCCUCCUAAAUUUUUAUGCUGUGUUCCUGCCGCAUAAAGCGUCUGUAGCUAAGCCACUUCACCGCCUCCUGGACUCAGGCGCGGCUUGGGUUUGGGGCCGCCAGGAAGCCUCUGCCUUCCUGGCGGUUAAACACCUCCUUGUUUCCAAUGAUGUGCUCGUUCAGUAUAGCGAGCACUUGCCCCUCGUCCUAGCUUGCGACGCCUCUCCCUACGGGGUAGGCGCUGUACUCUGCCAUCAGCUACCCAGUGGGGCAGAGGUGCCCAUUGCCUUUUUUUCCCGAACCCUGUCUGCCUCCGAACGUAAUUAUGCCCAAAUUGACAAGGAGGCUCUCGCCAUUGUAGCCGGGGUCCAGCGUUUCCAUCAUUAUUUGUAUGGCCGCCCCUUUUUAAUUGUCACCGACCACAAACCGCUCCUCGGGUUGCUGGCCGGUGACCGCCCUGCCCUGCCCCACAAGUUCUCUCUCCAAGGAUGGUUUGUUUUCCUUGCAUCCUACGACUACCAGUUGCACCAUCGCCCGGGAAAACAGAUUGCCCAUGCCAACACACUAAGCCAAUGCCCACUGCCGGAGGCCCCCGAAGACCCAGCUGCUGGUGCCCCAGUGUUCCUGAUUGACGACCUCAAUUUGCCAAUUUCUGCCGCCGACAUCGCCCGGUUGUCCGCAAGGGAUCAGGUAAUUUCCCGGGUACUAGACUGGGUUAGACGAGGGUGGCCAAAAGAUCAGGUAGACCCUGCCUUCCUGCCAUUCAAGUCCCGCCUGGCUGAGCUGUCUGUUCAGCGCGGGUGCCUGCUAUGGGCCCACAGGGUAGUGGUGCCGCCCUCACUGAGGACUACCGUCCUGCAGCAACUACAUCAAGCCCACCCCGGCAUCGUCCGGAUGAAAGCCCUGGGCCGUAGUUAUGUAUGGUGGCCUAAGCUUGACCAGGACAUAGCAGCCCAUGUCGCUGACUGCACAAAAUGCCAAAGCGCUCAGGCCUUGCCUCCCAAAGCCGAGCCCCGCACUUGGGAACCACCUUCCUCUCCCUGGUCUCGGGUGCACGUCGAUUUCACAGGCCCCAUUCAGGGCCGCAUGCUUUUCAUUGCUGUGGACGCCUUCUCGAAGUGGGUUGAGGUCGUCCACAUGCCAUCCACUACUGCCGACGCACUCGUCGCUACUCUCCACUGCCUUUUUGCCACUCACGGCCUUCCUGACGUGCUGGUAUCUGAUAACGGACCCCAGCUAACGUCCGCCACAUUUGAAGCAUUUCUGGCUUCCCAGGGAAUCAGACACGCGCUCACAUCUCCCUUCCACCCAGCCAGUAAUGGGUUGGCGGAGCGUGCUGUGCGCUCCGUCAAAGAAGCCCUUGCCAAAAUGGACCACCUUCCUUGGCAGCAGCGAAUAGACGCUUUCCUGCUGGCCCACCAUUCAACGCCCUCUCCAGAAACCAAUACCAGCCCCGCAGAACUGCUCAUGGGUCGCCGGUUACGUACGACCCUUGACCGCCUCCACCCAGCCUACAUCGCCCCAAGCCCCUUAGAUUCCCGUGGGGGGUCAGGCUCAACGACGGCAGAACUUGGAGACGCCACUGCGACCAGCUGA